AUGUCAGCCAUCUCCCCCUACGUCAAAUCCGAAUCGAAGAAUUUCAUCAUCGAUAGUUCUCCGUCGAAUACAAUGGCAACACCAAGGGUUUUGAUGCUUAGAUCCAUAACGCUAACCAAAUUUUCAGGAAAAACAUCUUGGUCUCAAUGGCUCCCGAUGUACGAAGAUUACGUCACCGCUAGUACUCCCGCAGCGACAGACGCAGACAAGGCGCGUUUCUUGAGAUUUUACGUGGAAGGACCAGCAGAGGCAUUCCUGCAGACGCUCAGCCGCGAUACUUCAUACGCAGAUACUUGUGCGUUCAUGGCGGCUAAAUUCACAACUAGCGCACAAACUACGGUCGCUCGGUCACAAUUGAAAGAAUGUAAACAGAGGUCGACAGAAAGCGUGCUCGAUUUUGUUGAUCGCCUGACACGGAUCAUUCAAAAUGUGGUCGACGCUUCCACGUCACGAGGCGAAAUCGAAAAGAGAAUAGCACAAGAAUUUAUUGACAGAGUGCGGCCAGAUAUAUCGCUACAGUUGAUCGCCCAAGGAAUUGAGUCUUUGGAACAAGCGGUUCAAAGAGCGCGUACCCUGGAAAGCGUGCUACCUCCCCAAUCCACCCGACCAGAAAUUCUGCGCCUAGCCCAAGUAGAUGGCCAGCAACACCCAACACAUCCACCCACGCGCCCGGUUCAACCAUUCUUGCACCUACCACAACGCGACUUUCAACGAAGGAAUCGAGACGGAAUCAAUUGUUAUAACUGCGGAAAAAGAGGCCACAUAAGCAGAGAAUGCUGGUCUAGACAGGAACACUUCGACAACCUACCUCAAGAUUAUAACCAAAGAAGCGAUAGAUUCCCAGAUUACGAAGAUCGCCGCCACGAAUGGAGGAACCCAUCACCUCGGGCACCAAACAAUCGUCAGUCGGAUAACAAUUGGUACCAAGGACAAGGUCGAAUCGCCAUGCUGAAUCAGAAACUGAAUGAAACGGAGACAGUUUUGGACGAGGUGUCAACUCAGAUGGAAAACAUUCAGUUAAGAAACAGGCAACUAGCGUCCAUGACGUGCGGAAAAACAGACAACAACAAUUCACCCCCGUUUCGGAUAAACCGCAUCAGAAAACUAGGAUUAGCCACAAUUGCGAUGAUCACGUUGAUACUUAUCCCGAUAGUCGGAGCGCACUCCGGUCAGGCCGAGAUGCCGAUGAUUUGUCAGACCACGAACGCCCGCUAUUUUCUGUCAUUGAAUCGGACUCUAGAAUGUCCAAGUCUUGAAGUCGAGCCCGAAGACGAACCCACCGCAAUCCGGAUCUCUAUUUGGAAACCAAACGUCGAGCGGUAUGAACAGGCGGCAAGCUAUUGUCGCAUCGUAAAAUCAAGCGCAUACUUCUAUAGAGGAUUCUUCGGAGGAGAAUAUGAGCAUUAUGAAGCCACUGAUAUGCCAGUAUCGACGGAAGAAUGCCGAAUGAUGGAGAUGAACAAGAGAUGCAGCCACGGGCUGAUGUCCGAAGUCGAGGGCAAAUGGGCAACUCAAAACAAAUUCGAAUACACUCAUCCUAGUAAUCCGUUUGCAUGCUGCAGUAACAACACUAUCGUUAUCACAAAUUGUUACUUGACAUAUUCAUCGAUUCACGCGGCAUUCGGAUCCACAGCGAUUUUCAGUCCGGCAGGAGAUAUGCACGGGUGCAAUUACGAUCACGGUAGUUGCGCGUUGCGCGAUGGCGCGACAUUAGUUUGGACACCUUCUUUUGAACAAAAAUGCGCAUUCAUCGAGGCCAUGACGGUCAACGGACACCAGACCGGACCAACAUUUUUAGACGAAUCAGGGGAAAUCGCAUUGAGUUGGGAUCGGUCAUAUAAUUCGACUUAUAAUUGUGAAAAAUAUCUCAUGAUCGUUACCCACCAAGGCCUAGCAGUCCUAGAACACCAGCUAGCUGAUCCAGAAAUUAUCAAGCAGGCUCGCCAAGACAAAGAAAGAGCUAUUCGAAACAAGAGAAAUGAGAAACAAACGUUACUCAAAGAAAAAGUGGACAACGCAUAUGAUGUUGACGUUUUCAGAACCGCCCAAUUCAUCAGUCCGGAAGCGUUGGCAGCAUCGCUGUCAGCAGUUGAGGUGCACAUUCGUGAAGCCACAAAAUUCGCAUUUACAAAAGCCUUCCGUCUAGCAUGCAACACAUGGAGAACCCAAAUCGUCGCUCAACGCACAACAUUUUUGGCAAACCCAACUUUAGCAGUUCGUUCAUUAACGGGUCAUCCAUACGUGUUCGCCAGUGCAUCUUCGGUUGAUCUAGUCGAAGCAUGGCCGUGCAUGCCACUUCCCGAAAACUCAUUCAAAUUCGUUCCAAUGGGGUCCGAAUGUAGUUCAUAUCCGAGAAUCCAAUAUCGAGACGGGAACAAAACAAUCGAGGCUGGCGUCGACCCACAAACCCUGAUUGUGCAUCACAUUUGGCCCCAACAAGAAUGCGCACUAGUUCGCGAAAUUCCGAUCCGAAUCUUCAACAAUUUGUUAAUUUAUGAAGCCAGUUCAGGCUCAUUGAAACAGAUCGACACUCACACGGUUAGCGAAAUCGGUACCCCUGUGAAUCAAGAAAACCCAGACGGGUACUUCCCGUUCAAAAUGUUCCACGCGAUCACGAUCAGGAACUUAUCCAAUUCAUUACCAUCGCCAGUCGGUGGUAGUUUUGACGUCAUCCAAGUAAACGACAUGGCUAGACGCACCAGCAGAAAUUUAGACAGUAAUGUUCGAUCAAUGCCAUAUUAUGCAUUAGACGACGCCAUCAAAAAGAUCGUAAACGAGAACGACGGAAAAUGGGAAAUGCCCGAUUGGUCAGGAUGGGCCACAAGGGCCGUCUUCGGCAGAAUCCCAACGAUGGUGGACGCAUGGGUGUACACGGUGUGCGCUAUAGUUACAGCAUACAUCUUGAUUCGAGCCGCAAUCAUAGGUUUCUUUAUCUAUGCGAACAUGGGAAAUAUCCCUACUAUCAUAGGCCAAAGAUACCAUAGCAGCGCUCUGCGGAACUUGGUGAGCAACGUAAGACAGAUGGGACGAGAAGCUCCAUAUUGGGACGCGAAUGCAGAUGCGUCUAUCCGGCGAAUUAUUGAAAGAGAUCAGGUAACGACAGCCGAGCCGAUAUCUCCGGGAACGAUGAGCAUCCCCAUCGAGGAAGAAGCAGAACCAUUGUAUUCUCAACCAUGGAAAAGCAUAUCAAUGGAAGGUCCUUCAUCGCUCACUCCAACAGCGCCUAUCCGUCACAGACCGGCGCCACUACCGCCCACCAGUCAAACGCCGGCCGUUUAUCUCGAUAUCCCACGAGUCCGUAUAAACUGA